GCGGGUACCAGCCCAGGCAGCCGGGCUUGGUUUUCCGGUACCAGUACCAGCCCGGUACCCAGACCAGGGUUGAAUAGAGGUUGGCUUCAGGCCUGGUCCCGGCCAAACGGCUAGAUUUAAAAAAACAAUGGGCGGCUAGAUUGAACACCAUGUCCCACUCUUAUAUAUAGAGGUUUGAUGAUUUUUGCAAAGACUGUGUUUCUUUCAUGUUAUCUCUCUAUAAUCUAAAGCAUGUAAGGAUGUUAGCAUGGCUCAUUUACCGUUUGAACAGUCCCCUUCUGUUACUCAUUUUUGCCGCAACCCACCCAAACGGAUUCCUCCGUUUUCUUCCCCUUCUAUUUUCCUCUUCGCAGGACAGGGAUCGUUCGCGCACUGUGGAUGCUUUUCCUGCAAGAUGGAAAUCUCUCUUCUCUCUCGUUUGUGUUUCGGAUUUGAGAGCUCUCUUCAUCUGCCGAAGCUGCCUAGCCUCCAGUCUUCCGCUGAUUCACGCUCUUCGUGCUCCAGAAGUUUGGAAGUUCGUCAAAGAAAUUCUCUGGCAUACAACCAUUAUUCAGAAUCUGAGCCCUCGAUCAAGGAGGAGGAGACAUAUAUAGUAUAAGUUUAAGGACACAUCCCUGGACAUUUUUCUUUCGGAGGCCGCCCAACAAUCGUUGAUUGUAAUGUUGCUGCAACCGAUUAUCAAACAACUCGGAUAAUGCAUGUUGGGUUCUGCUCGCUCCAGAAUAGAAGGCGGCCGAGCUCUUCUGCUGCUCCCUGGUCUUCUGUCCGGAAACAGAAGGCAUAGGUCUUCUGUCCGGCAACAGAAGGCGUAGGUCUUCUGUCCGCUGUGUCGCCAGAAGGCGUAGGUCUUCUGUCCGUUUCACGUUAUUCUGAACUUGUGAAUGAACGCUCGCUUCACGUGUGAUUUCAACUUAUAAGAGUGUUGAAUCCCAGGGAAAGGACUCCACGGAGUAGGAAAGAGCUGCUAUGGUUGAAUUAUUUCUUUUUCUUCACAAACUUCCAGUAAAAAAUUUACUGUUACUUUUUUUUUAUAAG